AUGUCCAUGCUUGGCUUGAUGGCAGCUCCAUGCCAAUCUCCCCAAGCAGGGAAUAAGCUCUACGAUGAGUGUGAUCCUACGGUGCACGGCGACCGGGUCCUGCUGCCCCGGCAGGCCAGCUCGGCAUCACCGGCUGGGCCGCCGGAGGUGUCGACGACGUCCUCGUCGACGGGGUCGGGGAGGAGCGCGACGGAGGCAAGGGCCCUGAAGGUCCACAGCGAGGCCGAGCGCCGGCGUCGGGUGAGGAUCAACGCUCAUCUCACGGCGCUCAGGAGGAUGAUCCCUGAUACCAAGCAGAUGGACAAGGCCGCCUUGCUAGCCAGGGUGGUGGACCAAGUGAAGCACCUGAAGAGGAGAGCAGGCGAGGCCGCACAGCAAACGCCGGCUGUCCCACCGGAGACCGACGAGGUCUCCAUUGAAUUCUGCACCGGAGACGAUGACUCCAGACUGUACAUGAAAGCCUCGGUCAGCUGCGACGACCGCCCGGACCUCGUCGCCGGGCUCAUCCAGGCGCUCCAUGGCCUCAGGCUGAGGACGGUGAGAGCGGAGGUGACCUCCCUAGGAGGAAGGGUGCAGCAUGUCUUCACACUGUGCAAGGAGGAGGACGAGGAAGGCAGCGCAGCAGCAGGCCUUGCUGGACUCACGUCUCUGAAGGAGGCUGCGAGGUUGGCUCUGGCCAGGGUUGCUUCACCAGAGCUGGUAUGUGGUGGUAGCCCGUUCCAGUUCCAGAGCAAGAGGCAGAGGAUUCUCGAGUCGCAUUAUUCAAUCAUGUCCAUAUAG